AACACAUCGCUUGCCAGCAACGUGCCCAGGCCGGGGUAUAUAAGCGUGGCACAAACAUCAGCACACCACUGUAUAGGCAGUCGCCGUCACGAUGUUGGUGUCUCGAGCUGUCGUCUUCGGCUUCCUCGCCGUCGUUGCCAUAGAAGGGGCGUCAUCUCUGUCCUUGGUGGCGCGGCUUUCCCAGAGCUCGAACCUGACCACAGCCUCGGCGGAGGUGCUCGUUGUGGGCGGGGAGGAGGUUGAGCUAGGGGAGGUGCCCUACAUGGUAAGCCUGCAGGACGUGCGCUGGACGCCCACCCAGCCCCGACACUACUGCGGCGGCGCCAUCUACGACGCCAGCACCGUCAUCACCGCCGCUCACUGCGUCAGCUCCUUCACCAAGGACUACUUCGGGAUGGAGGUGGUGGCCGGCGAGCACCAGCGCAGCGUGACAGAAGGAAACGAGCAGGUCAUGGAGGUGAAGGACAUCAUCCUGCACCCGGGCUAUAACACGCAAACGUACGAGAAUGACAUCGCCAUCAUCAAGCUGACGAAGAACCUCAACUUUAACGAGUACGUGCAGCCCAUCGGGCUGCCUCCGGAGGGCAAGACCCUGGAGGGGGAGUGCAUGGUGGCGGGCUGGGGACCAAAGACGGAGGGAGGAGAGGACAUGGACGUCCCAUACAAGGCAUCAGUGCCAAUCUGGUCCAACGACGACUGUGCCAACACUUUAGAGACCGUUUUUUAUGUCACUGAACACAUGGUUUGUGCCGGGUACGAGGAGGGUGGCAUUGGUGCCUGCGAAAGUGACUCCGGCAGUCCCCUCACUUGCUACUCCAACGCCAAGCCCUUCCUCGGCGGGGUGGUGUCCUGGCAGUUCGGCUGCUCCAGGCCCUUCCGCCCCACCGUCUAUACGAACAUGGUGUACUUUUCUCAGUGGCUUAUAGAACAAGUGUCAAUAUAGCACCUUCGGAGGGUCCAGCAUACCUUACGUCAUUGCUAGUCAGAAACCCAAAUUAGCUGAUUUCCAUACACUCGGUAGGUGUUGAAUGAUCAAUAAUUUGGUUCAUGAAGAUGGAUGAAAACACUCACUUGAUUCUAGCUAGUGAGGAGUGGCGGCCGGGUCACUGAUGACUGAUGAGUCUGUGACUUGUGAAGUACAGAUAUGUAACAGCCUGCAUGUAUACGGAAAAGUAAUGCAUUACAAUCUGGUGAGAUCAUUACUUGUUGCAUAGCGAAGCUGGUAUCGUUUACAGACUGGUGUGUGAACAUUUAUGGGGGAAACAGGAAAAAUAAAACCUACCUUUAUUAUAGCACGUAUUGCCUCAUGAGGAUGAUGUAUUUCUUUCUUCAUACUAUCUGUGUGUGUGUGUGUGUAUGUGUGUGUGUGUGUGUGUGUCGCUUGGUCCCUCCGUAUAUGGUGAAUCAGUGUCACCUAAGAGUAAUCCCCCACCUCUCCCCAACAACCCCUUCCACCACGCCUUCCACUAUCCCCUUGUCCCCACUCCAUCUCGUGCCCAUCGUCUACUUCACCCCCAGUCCCCUCUCAUUGUUUUUGCUUUUCAUGUUGUUUAAUAAUCUAUAAUAUAUAAAUUUUUCAGCCUAAAGGCUGCCGAGACCAAAUAAAUGAAUUGUAAUUAU